AAUACUGCCUUUAGUCCAGAGCGCGUGGAAGUAGACCAGGAAUACAUUCAUGUUCCCUGAGCUCCAGGAAAAAACAACCCAAGCACCCCCAUUUAUAAAAAGGUUUUACUAAAGAAAUACUAUUUUCGAACUCUUUUACACAAGAGGAGUCCUCACAGACCAAUAAUAAGAAAACAAUUAUACAAAAACUAUACGAUAUAGUCCAAUCUUACUGUUAUGAGUCGAGAAUGAGUACCACAGAAGACAACGGAAGCAAGUGCUCUUCGGCCCCGAUUUCCACCUUCACCAUUCAGUCGAUAUUGGGCAAGUCGUCGGAGAAGCCACGGUCCGGGGCGAAGGAGAGUUCCAAGGGACUGCAGCUGGCGAGGACGCGCUUGCUCUCGGUUUCUUCCGAAGAGGAGUGCAGCGGUGGGGAGGACUCUGCAGACUGUUUCUGCUCUGAUCCUGGUCACAGCGAGCCAUGCAACCAACAUCAACCACUUAAUUUUUCACGUUUAGGUGCAACCAAGGGACUUAUUUCAGGCCAUGACGGGAUUGCACGGCGACCGCACUUGACACAGCCUCUGCUGCAGGAUUACAAAGAGGAACAAGAGAGACCAUGCAAUCCAAUGUCACCUAUUUCCGAGGAGAGACAGACAGACGGUGCGAACAAGCAGGCUAACUCGUCCAAGAAGAAGACUCGUACCGUCUUCUCGCGGAGUCAGGUGUACCAGCUCGAGUCCACAUUUGAUAUGAAGAGGUAUUUGAGCAGCUCCGAGCGAGCCUGCUUGGCAUCAAGUCUACAGCUAACAGAAACUCAAGUGAAGACGUGGUUUCAGAACCGUAGAAACAAGUGGAAGCGACAACUGUCGGCGGAACUGGAGGCUGCGAAUAUGGCACACGCAUCCGCACAGACACUGGUCGGAAUGCCGCUUGUUUUUAGAGAUAGCUCCCUGCUCCGGGUACCAGUUCCAAGAUCUAUUGCUUUUCCAACGCCGCUAUACUAUCCUGGCAGCAGCCUACAAGGGUUACCCCUGUACAAUCUGUAUAACAAGAUUGAAUAUUGACUCAAUGCCUGUGAUGACAGUCCAAAAAAAAUAACACGUUAACACGCGACAGUACUUUCUUAUAAAUGUCUGCCAAACUCCUGUCUAUUAUAUCACUUUAUUUGUUGAAAAAAUAUGUCUUAUUAUGCAGCAACUGUACGUUUUAACAAGAAAGCAACAAGCUUCUCUAAAUGUAUAAAAUACACCAUGUGUAUAAUAAUUAUUUUGAACCUUGAUUUUGCGUUCUUCUCCCUGGUUUAACACGUUAUACAUUGCGGGAAUUUAGACACUGAAAUACAGAUGUUAUCAAGUGGACUGUUUCCCAAACGAAUUAUGAAUACAUUCACACACAUUUUUAAAUGUAAUGUGAAUGUGAAUAUGAUAUAUUGAGGUCCAACCACCUUAACCUGUUAAAAUACUGGAUGAAAUUGGGUUUAUACAUUUGGGGAUAUGGAAGUGCAAACUCGUUGCUUCGAUUUUGGGGAAAUGUUAUUGUAAUCAUAGGCCCACCAAAUAAACUGCUAAUUCAAUACAUUUUCUAUAUCAGUGAAACAUGGGUUGGGAUUUAUUGUACAUUUGCCCGUUUUUAAUAUUUAUUUCGACAUCUCAAUUGUGGCAUUCAAUCCAGUUUUUGAAAAACAGGAAAGGAAAAACGAAUGUCAAAUGUACAAUAUAAAAUAGCUUACUUAUUUAAAAUAUUCACACUGCAGCUCAAAGAUUAUUAAAGGAAAACCUAUAUUUGUUAUUUUUCUGUGUAACUUUCUGCCAUGGAAGUGUCAAUCAACAUGACAUCCAGCUACAGUUGGCCAAACUCUCUUAUAAACAUAUGACUCUGCAACUAACUAGGCCUCUAAAGGUGAACAAUGAUACUAAAACACCCUCUUAGCCAGUGGCAUAAGCGUCCAGUGCGCCAAAAUUCACAUUCAAAACAUCUAGAUUGCCUGGCAGCCUAAAAACAAUGUAGGACACUGUUUUUCCGUAUUCAACAUAUAUUUGUCAAAUGUGAACAAUGUAAUAUUAUACCCUAAGCCUCAUAGGUCUGUUGUAACAAGUGCUCAUUUGCCUACUACUAACAGUGUAACUAACAAGAUGUGCUAUUAACAACAAAGUGUUGUGAACAUAUUUUUACCAGAAGGGUACUACAGUUUCAAAAUGAUCUAUGUAUACAAGUGAUUUCAGGUGUAGCCUUCCAUUGCAGUAUUACUGGCUGCAGAUGGGUUUAUGUGCUGCUUCCCUUCAACCAUGGGCACAUAAUGAGUUAAGAUCGUGUCAAACGCUUUGGUUAUAUUUAUGUUACCUGUCUUAAACAUAAAGACUUCUUUCAUCUGUCAUCACAGUCCUUUGGCAAGUUAGCCAAUGUGAAAUGUGUCAUAUGUACUUAUGAGUGUCAACUCAGUGGUCUGCUUAACCUAUUUCAGGGGAAGGGAAAGAGAUGUACACCAUCAGCAACCAAUCAGAGUCAUGGCGGCAUAUUCUGACAUUUGAAGUGUGCAUUACAGGAACGCCUAGCCUUGUUGGAGGGAAUGUAAUAAGCAGUGCCAUUGUUAAAGUUCAAGACUCACCGCAUCGUCGUGUGAUGCUUUUCCUUUUCCAGCUAGCCACCACUCAUAUCAAAUCCAACUUUAUUUGCCACAUGCGCCGAAUACAACAAGUGUAGACUUUACCGUGAAAUGCUUACUGACAAGCCCUUAACAACAGUGCAGUUCAAGAAGAAGAAAAUAUUUACCAAGUAGACUAAAAUAAAAAGUAAUAAUAAAAAGUACACAAUAAGAAUAAGAAUAACAAGGCUAUAUACAGGUGGCACCGGUACCGAGUCAGUGUGCGGGGUACAGGCUAGUUAAGGUAAUCUGUACAUGUAGGUGGGGGAAAAGUGACUAUGCAUAUAGGUAACACUGUAUCGGUUACAAUGAAAAAUACUUGUUAAAAUAUUAGACAAGCCUUUCUGACAAAGAAACCUGUUUCGAAAUGGCAUAGCACUUUGAGUGUUUAUAGGGAGAAAACGUAUAUUUAACUCUCAAAUCACUGAUUGGUAUAGGCCCAAUUGAUAGCAGUUUCAUUGUCUAUUGCAGGAUUACAGUCUAGUUGUAACAAGUGUAUACUGUACAAUAUUAGGUAAUACAUUCCGUAGGCCUCUAAGAAUGGGGCCAACUCCAUUUCAACUCAGGUCAAUUCAUGAAAUGAAUUGAAAUUGAAGCAAUGUAAAACUUUUGCCUGGAGCUUAGAUUGCUUUUAAACUUAACAGACAACCUAGGUACGUUUCUACCAAGGUUAUUAUAGUAAACUGAAACUAAAACAAAACGAAUAAUAAACAAAUUAUUUGGUGCAUCUUUGUCAUCUCACCUAACCUAUGACCUGACCCAUCACCUUAUGCAUUACUGCCCCACAGUGGCAAAAAUAGACAUUCCACAAAACCAAAAAAGUGUACAACACAAAAAUGGCUCCUAGCCUCCCAUAGGCUACUUCAUUUCACUAACACUAAAACUAAAUAAUAGAAAAACUAAAUGUUUUUAUUAUACUUAAACUAAGUGACUAGUAAAUCAGAUCUGAAAACUAACUGAAACUAAACUGAAUUUAGAAUCAAAAUCUUAAAACGAAUAGACAUUAAAACUAAUAUAAAAACAGACCUAUAAUCUUUGUUUCAACUAUUGAAACAAACAUAUUACACACAUGUUAGUUUUCCAUGACCGCCGAUAAGGCUAUAAAAAAUAUGAUUUUGGUACAAUUGUACAAUAAUGCAGCACAUGGAAAAUGGUUGGAAAUACACAUUUUGGAAAUAACUCUGUCUUUUUGUAUCUUCUUUGUACCUUCUGUAUCUAUGUUUGCUCUUACAAUAUUAGGCUAGAGUAUUUGGUUUCUCUAACGUUAAUAGGCCCAAUCAAACUACACACACACACACACGCACACGCACACGCACACGCACGCACGCACGCACGCACGCACGCACGCACACACACACACACACACACACGCACACACACACACACACACACACACACACACACACACACACACACACACACCUCUCCUUCUCUCUCUCGAUACUAAUGGCUAUACAUUACCCUGCAGCAUCAUGACUAGCGAGGCUCUGUUGCCCAGCAGAUUAUUCCUGACCCAAUUCCUGCAACUGCCGCUCGGUGUUCUGGGCAAAUGGAUCACGUUAGACAACAUAAGUGAUUUAUGGGUAACUGAUGCUGGCGGAGAGGUGCAGGGGGAUGAAUUUGUGAAAGAAAGGAAAAGGAGAGAAAAGAGUGAAAGAGACAGAACGCUCAUGAAAAGGAGGAAUAUCGUUGUGUGAAUGAAGCCGUUUCUUAGUUUUACAGUGGUCAUUAUGCCACCAUGUUUGACGGUAUUACACUACUCUCCUGGAUGGAAAUGUGUGCACUGCUGACUUGUGGGAAAUCUGCAUGACCUGUUACAUGGGGUUGUUUGAUUUACAGGAGAGAGAUAGAAAGGGUUGGAGAGACUGAGCGGUGAGGGAGAGAGAGAGAGAGAUAAAGAAAAAAGUGAGAGGGGCUUGUGUGAUACAUCCCCCAAAUGCCAGGUAUGAAUUUCACAUUUUAAUAGUGAGGCAAUGAAAAUGAUUUGAACUGGUUUAAAUGGCAAAGAAAUAGCGUCUGGAAUCACUGUGAAAAUUUCUUGAGAUUAUGUAUUGUGCUUUAGGAUUGAUCAAACCUGCCUGGUAAAGUGAAAAGCAAGUGUAAUUCACUUUGUGGUACAAUUUAUGGCAAGAAUAAUGGUAACUGUAGAAAGAGGGGCAGGGAAAAGAUGAGCUGAAGGAUUUCCAGGAUAUUUCUUUCAUCCCUAGAGGAAACUAUCUACAGGACUCCCAAUGUUUACAUUUUACUCAGCUUUUCCCAUGUGGCAGUCCUAAAAUGGAUACAAAAAUUACAAUAAUUUGUUUAGCUACAGUUGAAGUCGGAAGUUUACCUUAGCACCUUAGCCAAAUACAUUUAACCUCAGUUUUUCACAAUUCCUGACAUUUAAUUUGAGUCAAAAUUCCCUGUCUUAGGUCAGUUAGGAUCACCACUUUAUUUUAAGAAUGUGAAAUGUCAGAAUAAUAGUAGAGAGAAUGAUUUAUUUCAGCUUUUAUUUCAUUCAUCACAUUCCCAGUGGGUCAGAAGUUUACAUACACCCAAUUAGUAUUUGGUAGCAUUGCCUUUAAAUUGUUUAACUUGGGUCAAACGUUUCAGGUAGCCUUCCACAAGCUUCCCACAAUAAGUUGGGUGAAUUUCGGCCCAUUCCUCCUGACAGAGCUGGUGUAACUGAGUCAGGUUAGUAGGCCUCCUUGCUCGCACACGCUUUUACAGUUCUGCCCACAAAUUCUCUAUAGGAUUGAGGUCAGGGCUUUGUGAUGACCACUCCAAUACCUUGACUAUGUUGUCCUUAAGGCAUUUUGCCACAACUUUGGAAGUAUGCUUGGGGUCAUUGUCCAUUUGGAAGACCCAUUUGCGCCCAAGCUUUAACUUCCUGACUGAUGUCUUGAGAUGUUGCUUCAAUAUAUCCACAUAACUUUCCUCCCUCAUGAUGCCAUCUAUUUUGUGAAGUGUGUCAGUCCCUCCUGCAGCAAAGCACCCCCACAACAUGAUGCUGCCACCCCCGUGCUUCACGUUUGGGAUGGUGUUCUUCGGUUUGCAAGCCCCCCCCUUUUUCCUCCAAACAUAACAAUGGUCAUUAUGGCCAAAGAGUUAUAUUUUUGUUUCAUCAGACCAGAGGACAUUUCUCCAAAAAGUACGAUCUUUGUCCCGCAGUUAAAAAACCAUAGUCUGGCUUUUUCAUGGCAGUUUUGGAGCAGUGGCUUCUUCCUUGCUGAGCGGCCUUUCAGGUUAUGUCAAUAUAGGACUUUCUAGGGAGUUUUUCCUAGCCACCGUGCUUCUACACAUGCAUUGCUUGCUGUUUGGGAUUUUAGGCUGGGUUUCUGUACAGCACUUUGAGAUAUCAGCUGAUGUAAGAAGGGCUAUAUAAAUACAUUUGAUUUGAUUUGACUUGUUUUACUGUGGAUAUAGAUACUUGUGUACCUGUUUCCUCCAGCAUCUUCACAAGGUCCUUUGUUGUUGUUCUGGGAUUGAUUUGCACUUUUCGCACCAAAGUACAUUAAUCUCUAGGAGACAGCUCCUUCCUGAGCAGUAUGAUGGCUGUAUGUUCCCAUGGUGUUUAUGCUUGCGUACUAUUGUUUGUACAGAUGAACGUGGUACCUUCAGGCAUUUGGAAAUUGCAGGCGUUUGGAGGUCUUGGCUGAUUUCUUUAGAUUUUCCCAUGAUGUUAAGCAAAGAGGCACUGAGUUUGAAAUACAUCCACAGGUACACCUCCAAUUGACUUAAAUGAUGUCAAUUAGCCUAUCAGAAGCUGCUAAAGCCAUGACAUCAUUUUCUGGAAUUUUCCAAGCUGUUUAAAGGCACAGUCAACUUAGUGUAUGUAAACUUCUGACCCACUGGAAUUUUGAUACAGUGAAUUAUAAGUGUAAUAAUCUGUCUGUAAACAAUUGUUGGGGAAAUGACUUAUGUCAUUCACAAAGUAGAUGUCCUAUCCGUCCUAUCCUAUCCUUGAAAAACUAGUUUUAAUGACUCCAACCUAAGUGUAUGUAAACUUCUGACUUCAGCUGUAUAUGACUGUAUUAGAGUAUAGGGUAAUUCUGUUCCAGUUAGACUGCACGUUUGAUCUGAAAUACAAACAAUACCAAAUAUCAUGUUUGACAUGGCUCUAACAAAGUGUCAUGUCAUCAUUACAACUUUAUGUUAUCUUUAUUGUUUUGUCACCCCAAAUAUCAAAAUGCCAUUUGUUACUGUUUACAUUCCUAAAUAAAUA